AUAUACGACAUCGUCUGCCUGUGUCUGCCUGCAUAUUUCGCGAUGCGAGUUUGUUCUUUAUUCUAUGGCGAUGCGACGUUCCUAUCCCGAAUGAAAACACGCAGGCAGGAGUUGACAGCUUGCGUGGAAAGCUGAGAACGUGUGGUGCUUGACUUAAACGUAAUGGACGUUUCGGUAACGCGUCGCGCCACAGAGAUUGCUAGCUGCCGCUCAGCCUCCACGCACUGAACUGACCACGCGCCUCGGCGGCGUUGAGCCGGGAGAGCCGAAACCAUGAAGAGCCGCUUCAGCACCGUCGACAUCCUCGCCGUGGUCGCCGAGCUGCAAAAGAGCGUCGUCGGCAUGCGAGUCGUACAGGUGUACGACGUCGACACUAAGACGUACUUGUUUAAACUGAGCCGACAGGAAGAGAAAGCCGUUCUGCUCAUAGAGUCCGGCGUGCGACUGCACACCACGGAGUUCGCCUGGCCCAAAAACCAGAGCCCGUCGGGAUUCGCCAUGAAGCUGAGGAAGCACCUAAAGAACAAGCGCAUCGAGCGGCUGGCACAGCUGGGCGCCGACCGCGUCGUCGACCUUCAGUUCGGCACGGGCGAAGCGGCCUACCACGUCAUUCUCGAGCUGUACGACCGGGGCAACGUGGUGCUCACCGACGGCGACUACCUCAUCCUGAACAUCCUGAGGCCCCGCGCGCUGGGCAAGGACGAAGACGUCAAGCUCGUGGUGCGCGAGAGGUACCCGGUGGACGGCGCGCUCGCCGAGCCGCCCUCGCUCGACGCCGAGCAGCUGUCGGCGAUGCUGGCGCAGGCGGCCCCGGGAGACACGCUUCGCAAGCUGCUCACGCCCAGGACUCUGUAUGGUCCAGCCCUUCUUGAACAUGUGUUGUUGGGCCAUGGCCUCUCUUGUGGAGCCAAGAUCAGCACACUUCCAGCUGAAGGUCUCGCUGAAAAGGUCCUGGAAUGCUUGCAUGAUGCAGAUGCCAUCAUGGCACGGGCAAAGGCCGAGUCAUGCAAGGGUUACAUUGUUCAGAGGAUCGAGCAACGCAUCCAGCCAGCUGAAGAUGGAAGCACUGAAAUCGCGACUUACCAGGAGUUCCACCCAUUUCUCUGGCGCCAGCAUGACGGCUCUGCUGGAACGGGCACCACUUCCACAAUUGAGCUACCAUCGUUCAGCACUGCAGUCGACCAGUUCUUCUCCAGCGUCGAAAUGCAGAAGAUCACCCUCCGCGCCCACCAACGUGAAAAAGAGGCGCUUAAAAAACUGGAGAACAUCCGCACGGACCACGAAAAGAGGAUUCAGGCCCUUCAAGAGGUGCAACAAGUGGAUGUGCGGAAGGCUGAACUAAUUGAGGUGAACCUGGACCUGGUGGAACGUGCCCUGUGUGUUGUGCGCAGUGCUCUCGCUAACCAGAUUGGCUGGGCAGAGAUCACGGAGUUGCUCAAAGAAGGCCAGGAGCAAGGUGACCCCAUGGCUCGUUCCAUCCGUAAGCUCAAGCUCGAGACAAACCACUUCGAGAUGCUCCUUAGGGACCCGUACGAUGAAGCCGAGGAAGCCUUGGUCGACAUUGACAUUGACCUGUCUGCAUACGCAAAUGCACGCAAGUACUAUGAUCAAAAAAAGCACGCAGCAGGCAAGCAGCAAAAGACGAUAGAGUCGUCCGCAAAGGCUUACAAAUCCGCUGAAAAGAAGACACGCGAGGCACUCAAGCAAGUAGCACUGACCACCAACAUUGCGAAAGCACGAAAGGCAUUCUGGUUUGAGAAGUUUUUCUGGUUCAUCAGCUCGGAGGACUACUUGGUCGUUGGAGGUCGUGAUGCGCAGCAGAAUGAGGCUAUUGUAAAAAAGUAUUUGCGCCCUGGUGACAUUUAUGUGCACGCAGACCUCCAUGGUGCUAGCAGCAUCGUCAUCAAGAAUCCAACAGGGGCGCCUGUGCCACCCAAGACCUUGAAUGAGGCUGGAACCAUGGCCAUCUGCUAUAGUGCAGCCUGGGAUGCCAAGGUGGUCACUAGUGCGUGGUGGGUGCAUCACCACCAGGUGUCUAAGACAGCACCGACAGGGCAGUACUUGACUCCAGGAGCCUUCAUGAUUCGUGGCAAGAAGAACUAUCUGCCCCCUUCCUAUCUCAUCAUGGGCUUUGGCUUUUUGUACAAGCUGGAUGAAGAGAGUAUCGAGCGGCACCAGGGAGAGCGCAAGGUGCGCGUGGCUGAGGACGAGACCGAGGCCAGCACAGAACCACCAGAAGAAGGACCCGAGUUGGAAAUGUCCGAAGAGUCAGACUCUGAGAAGGGCAGUGUCAAGGGUGACGGCGAUGCAGACAGUACAAAAGGUGACGCCGAACUGUUCCCUGACACAGUAGUCAAGCUUCCUCACGAGUUGGAGGCAACAACGAAUGAGCACGACGACCAAGAUACAGCUGAGGAGAUUGUAUAUUCACAGCCGGCGAAAGGGUUACAUAUCAGUCGCAAACCACAAGCCAAGCCAAAGCCUGAGCCACCUCCAAAAGAAGUGCCACCUGCUACAAACACUGAAAAGGUGGUAAAGCCUAAGAGAGGAACACAUGGCAAGUUGAAGAAGAUCAAAGAAAAGUACAAAGACCAGGACGAGGAUGAGCGUCGUCUGCGCAUGGAGAUCCUGGCAUCUGCAGGUGCUCCAAAAGAAACGAAGAGUCGCAAGCAGAAAAAAGGCAAGAAGGAAUCUGGGCAGGCAGCCGCCAGCAAGGGGAAGCAGCCAAAGGCACAGCCCAAGCCAUCGGCAAAGCCAGAACAAAUACCUGGUGCGGUAGAAACAAAUGACGCCGAUGAGGUAGUGGCAGAUAAUGAGGAAGGGUCAAAACAGGAAGAGGUUAAACAGAAAGUGGGCAGCAACAAAGUUGCACCACCGGUAGAGGACGAGGAUUUGCAGGCUGAUCCAGAAGAGGAUGAAGACGAAGGCAACGUUGGUGAUGAACAGCAGAGGCUUCUGGCUUCACUGACAGGUUGCCCAGUGGCUGAAGAUGGUCUCUUAUUUGCUGUGCCUGUGUGUGCGCCCUAUGCAGCCAUCCAGAACUACAAGCACAAAGUGAAAGUGACGCCUGGCACGGGGCGCAGGGGAAAGGCAGCCAAGACAGCACUGUCGGUCUUCCUGCUGGACAAGAACACCAGUCCACGGGAGCGGGACCUUCUGCGCGUGACCAAGGACCAAGACAUUUCUCGAAACAUCCCUGGCAAAGUCAAACUCUCAGCACCUCACUUGCAGAAGCGAAAGUGACCUUGUGUUUAGGUGCAGCGAUGCUUGACAGCACCACCUGUGUACAGAUGCAAAAGUGGAGCGUCUUCUUCAUUGCCAAGCUUGUUGUUUGGGACGAUUGUGCAGAGUGAGGUGUGGAACGGAACACCAGGAUGAAACAGUGGCUUUGUGUUCAGAAUAAACAUGUUAAGUUAAACCAA